CGAGGAGCGCGGGGCUGGGCCCGGGCCGCGGGAGCAGCGGGCGGCGGGAGCAGGUGGCGAGCGCCGCGCGGGCGGGCGGAGGCGGCCGCGGAAAGCGCCCGGCGCCCGGCGAGGACGCGGCGCGCUGCGGCAGGGCCCCCCGGGGAGCGGCCUCCCGGCCCGGGCAUGAGGCGCUGCGGGGACGGUCCGCGCCGCACGACCAGACGCCGCCGCCGCUGACCGGCCGGUGCCGGGAGCCCGGAGCGAUGCGGGGCCCGGCGGCCCGCGCCCCGCCUCCCGCGCCGCCGCCGCCUCUGCCGCUGCCGCCGCCGCCGCUGCUGCUGCUGCUGCUGCUGCUGCUGCCGCUGCCCCCGCUGCGGGGAGACCAAGUGGGGCCCUGCCGAGCCCUGGGCAGUGGCAGCCGCGGCUCCUCGGCUUCGGGGGCCUGCGAGCCGGUGGGCUGGCUCUGCCCGGCCUCGGGCUCCAACCUCUGGCUCUACACCAGCCGCUGUGACGAUGCGGGCUUGGAGCUGAGCGGCCACCUGGUGCCCCACCACUACGGUCUGCGGGUCUGGUGUCCGGAGGCCGGGGCGCACAUCCCCCUGCCGCCCGCGCCUGAAGGCUGUCUCUGGAGCUGCCGCCUGCUGGGGACCGGGGGGCAGCUCUCCCCGCAGGGCCAGCUCACGCUCCCCCACGAGCACCCGUGCCUCAAGGCCCCGCAGCUGCAGUGCCAGUCAUGCCAGCUGGGACCGGCCCCCGAGCGCCUGACUGGGGAGGGGGCCCCUGGGGGACGUCGGAAGAGGAACGUGAAUACAGCUCCCCAGUUCCAGCCCCCCAGCUACCAGGCCUCGGUACCCGAGAACCAGCCAGCCGGCACCCCCGUGGUUUCCCUGCGGGCCAUCGACCCGGACGAGGGCGAAGCGGGCCGCCUGGAGUACACCAUGGAUGCCCUCUUCGACAGCCGCUCCAAUCACUUCUUCUCCCUGGACCCGGUCACGGGCGCCGUGAGCACUGCUGAGGAGCUGGACCGCGAGACCAAGAGCACCCAUGUCUUCAGGGUGACCGCCCAGGACCAUGGGCUGCCCCGCCGCAGCGCCCUGGCCACACUCACCAUCCUGGUGACGGACACCAACGACCACGACCCUGUGUUUGAGCAGCAGGAGUACAAGGAGAGCCUCCGCGAGAACCUGGAGGUGGGCUACGAGGUGCUGACCGUGAGGGCUACUGAUGGUGAUGCGCCUCCCAAUGCCAACAUCCUCUACCGCCUGCUCGAGCGGCCUGGGCAUGGCCCCACUGACGUCUUUGAGAUUGACCCUCGCUCGGGUGUGAUCCGGACCCGCGGGCCCGUGGACCGGGAGGAGGUAGAAUCCUACCAGUUGACAGUGGAGGCAAGUGACCAGGGUCGGGACCCCGGGCCCCGGAGCGCCACAGCCGCCGUCUUCCUCUCCGUGGAAGAUGACAACGACAACGCCCCCCAGUUCAGUGAGAAGCGCUACGUGGUCCAGGUGCGGGAGGAUGUGACGCCGGGAGCCCCCGUGCUUCGGGUGACCGCCUCGGACAGGGACAAGGGCAGCAAUGCUCUGGUGCACUACAGCAUCAUGAGCGGCAAUGCCCGGGGGCAGUUUUACCUGGACGCACAGACCGGUGCCCUGGACGUGGUCAGCCCCCUGGACUACGAGACCACCAAGGAGUACACCCUUCGCAUCCGGGCGCAGGAUGGUGGCCGCCCUCCGCUCUCCAACGUGUCUGGCCUGGUGACCGUGCAGGUGCUGGACAUCAAUGACAAUGCCCCCAUCUUCGUCAGCACCCCUUUCCAGGCGACCGUGCUGGAAAGCGUCCCCCUGGGUUCCCAGGUCCUCCACGUGCAGGCCAUCGACGCCGAUGCCGGCGACAACGCCCACCUGGAGUACCGCCUGGCUGGCGUGGGGCCGGGCUUUCCCUUUGCCAUCAACAACGGCACGGGCUGGAUCUCAGUGGCUGCCGAGCUGGACCGCGAGGAGGUGGACUUCUACAGCUUUGGGGUGGAAGCUCGGGAUCAUGGCACGCCCGCACUCACGGCCUCGGCCAGUGUCAGUGUGACCAUCCUGGACGUCAACGACAACAACCCAGCCUUCACACAGCCGGAAUAUGCCGUGCGGCUCAACGAGGACGCCGCGGUGGGCACCAGUGUGGUGACGGUGUCAGCUGUGGACCGUGAUGCCCACAGUGUCAUCACCUACCAGAUCGCCAGCGGCAACACCCGCAACCGCUUCUCCAUCACCAGCCAGAGCGGCGGUGGGCUGGUGUCACUGGCGCUGCCGCUGGAUUACAAACUGGAACGGCAGUAUGUGCUGACCGUCACUGCCUCUGAUGGCACACGCCAGGACACGGCCCAGGUGGUGGUGAACGUCACUGACGCCAACACCCACCGGCCUGUCUUCCAGAGCUCCCACUACACCGUGAAUGUGAAUGAGGACCGGCCGGCCGGCACCACCGUGGUGCUUAUCAGUGCCACGGACGAGGACACAGGUGAGAAUGCCCGCAUCACCUACUUCAUGGAGGACAGCAUCCCCCAGUUCCGCAUCGAUGCUGACACGGGUGCGGUCACCACACAGGCGGAGCUGGACUACGAGGACCAGGUGUCCUACACUCUGGCCAUCACUGCCCGGGACAAUGGCAUCCCACAGAAGUCUGACACCACGUACCUAGAGAUUCUGGUGAACGACGUGAACGACAAUGCGCCCCAGUUCCUGCGGGACUCCUACCAGGGCAGCGUCUACGAGGACGUGCCCCCGUUCACCAGUGUCCUGCAGAUCUCUGCCACGGACCGGGACUCGGGCCUCAACGGUCGGGUCUUCUACACCUUCCAGGGGGGCAAUGAUGGGGACGGUGACUUCAUCGUGGAGUCCACGUCAGGUAUUGUGCGGACACUGCGCAGGCUCGACCGUGAGAAUGUGGCGCAGUAUGUGCUGCGGGCCUAUGCCGUGGACAAGGGCAUGCCCCCUGCACGCACGCCCGUGGACGUGGCGGUGGCAGUGCUGGACGUGAAUGACAACCCACCCGUCUUCGAGCACGACGAGUUUGACGUCUUCGUGGAAGAGAAUAGCCCCAUCGGGCUGGCCGUGGCCCGGGUCACGGCCACUGACCCAGACGAGGGCACCAAUGCCCAGAUCAUGUACCAGAUUGUGGAGGGCAAUAUCCCCGAGGUCUUCCAGCUGGACAUCUUCUCAGGGGAGCUGACUGCCUUGGUAGACCUGGACUAUGAGGACCGGCCUGAGUACGUCUUGGUGGUCCAGGCCACAUCGGCGCCUCUGGUGAGCCGAGCCACCGUCCAUGUCCGCCUGCUUGACCGAAACGACAACCCCCCUGCGCUGGGCAACUUCGAGAUCCUCUUCAACAACUAUGUCACCAACCGCUCCAGCAGCUUCCCUAGCGGUGCCAUCGGCCGCGUGCCCGCCCAUGACCCCGACGUCUCUGACAGCCUGACCUACAGCUUUGAGCGGGGCAAUGAGCUGAGCCUGGUGCUGCUCAAUGCGUCCACAGGCGAGCUGCGGCUGAGCCGGGCCCUGGACAACAAUCGGCCACUGGAGGCCAUCAUGAGCGUGCUGGUGUCCGAUGGCGUGCACAGCGUGACGGCCCAGUGUGCACUGCGCGUCACCAUCAUCACAGACGAGAUGCUCACGCACAGCAUCACGCUGCGCCUGGAGGACAUGUCGCCCGAGCGCUUCCUGUCACCGCUGCUGGGCCUCUUCAUCCAGGCGGUGGCCGCCACGCUGGCCACACCUCCCGACCACGUGGUGGUCUUCAACGUGCAGCGGGACACGGACGCACCUGGCGGGCGCAUCCUCAACGUGAGCCUGUCGGUGGGGCAGCCGCCAGGGCCCGGGGGCGGGCCGCCCUUCCUGCCCUCCGAGGACCUGCAGGAGCGCCUCUACCUCAACCGCAGCCUGCUCACGGCCAUCUCGGCCCAGCGCGUGCUGCCCUUCGACGACAACAUCUGCCUGCGCGAGCCCUGCGAGAACUACAUGCGCUGUGUGUCCGUGCUGCGCUUCGACUCGUCGGCGCCCUUCAUCGCCUCCUCGUCCGUGCUCUUCCGGCCCAUCCACCCAGUGGGUGGCCUGCGCUGCCGGUGCCCGCCGGGCUUCACGGGUGACUACUGCGAGACCGAGGUGGACCUGUGCUACUCCCGGCCCUGCGGGGCGCACGGCCGCUGCCGCAGCCGCGAGGGCGGUUACACCUGCCUGUGCCGCGACGGCUACACGGGCGAGCACUGUGAGGUGAGUGCCCGCUCAGGCCGCUGCACCCCUGGUGUCUGCAAGAACGGGGGCACCUGCGUCAACCUGCUGGUGGGCGGCUUCCGGUGCACCUGCCCACCAGGAGACUUCGAGAAGCCGUACUGCCGCGUGACCACACGCAGCUUCCCUGCCCGCUCCUUCAUCACCUUCCGAGGCCUGCGCCAGCGCUUCCACUUCACCCUGGCACUCUCGUUUGCCACCAAGGCUCGCGACGGGCUGCUAUUGUACAACGGGCGCUUCAACGAGAAGCAUGACUUUGUGGCCCUCGAGGUGAUCCAGGAGCAGGUCCAGCUCACCUUCUCUGCAGGGGAAGCCACCACCACCGUGUCCCCAUUCGUGCCCGGAGGGGUCAGUGAUGGCCAGUGGCACACAGUGCAGCUGAAGUACUACAAUAAGCCCCUGCUGGGCCAGACCGGGCUACCACAAGGCCCAUCUGAGCAGAAGGUGGCCGUGGUGACCGUCGAUGGCUGUGACUCGGGGGUGGCCUUGCGCUUCGGAGCUUCCCUGGGCAACUACUCCUGUGCUGCCCAGGGCACCCAAGGAGGCAGCAAGAAGUCUCUGGACCUGACAGGGCCCCUGCUGCUGGGCGGGGUUCCUGACCUGCCUGAGAGCUUCCCGGUGCGCACGAGGCACUUUGUGGGGUGCAUGAGGAACCUGCAGGUGGACAGCCGGCAUGUGGACAUGGCUGAUUUCAUCGCCAACAACGGCACUGAGCCGGGCUGCCCUGCCAAGAAGAACGUGUGCGACAGCAACUCCUGCCACAAUGGGGGCACGUGUGUGAAUGAGUGGGACGCCUUCAGCUGCCAGUGCCCCCUGGGCUUCGGGGGCAAGAGCUGUGCCCAGGAAAUGGCCAACCCACAGCGCUUCCUGGGCAGCAGCCUCGUGGCCUGGCAGGGUCUCUCGCUGCCCAUCUCCCAGCCCUGGCAUCUCAGCCUCAUGUUCCGCACGCGCCAGGCCAGUGGUGUUCUCCUGCAGGCCGUCACCAGGGGGCGCAGCACAAUCACGCUGCAGCUGCGUGAUGGCCACGUGGUGCUGAGCGUGGAGGGCACGGGGCUCCAGGCCUCAUCUCUACAUUUGGACGCUGGCCGGGCCAACGAUGGUGACUGGCACCACACUCAGCUGUCCUUGGGAGCCAGCGGGGGCCCGGGCCAUGCCAUUUUGUCCUUCGACUAUGGGCAGCAGCGGGCCGAGGGCAACCUGGGACCCCGGCUGCACGGGCUGCAUCUGAGUAACAUCACAGUGGGUGGUGUGCCUGGGGCAGCUGGUGGUGUGGCCCGCGGCUUCCGGGGCUGCAUGCAAGGUGUGCGGGUCAGCGAGACCCCUGAGGGUGUCAGCAGCCUGGACCCUGGGCGAGGGGAGAGCACCAAUGUGGAGCCGGGCUGCAGCCUGCCAGACCCCUGCGACUCCAGCCCAUGCCCUGCCAACAGCUUCUGCAGCGAUGACUGGGACAGUUACUCCUGCAGCUGUGACCCAGGUUACUACGGUGACAAUUGCACGAACGUGUGUGACCUGAACCCAUGUGAACACCAGUCAAUAUGCACCCGGAAGGCCAGCGCCCUGCAUGGCUACACCUGCGAAUGUCCCCCAAACUACCUGGGGCCCUAUUGCGAGACCAGGAUUGACCAGCCUUGCCCUCGAGGCUGGUGGGGACACCCGACCUGUGGUCCCUGCAACUGCGAUGCCAGCAAAGGCUUUGACCCUGACUGCAACAAGACCAGCGGCGAGUGUCACUGCAAGGAGAACCACUACCGGCCCCCCAGCAGCCCCACCUGCCUCCUGUGUGACUGCUACCCCACGGGCUCCCUGUCCCGAGUCUGUGACCCUGAAGACGGCCAGUGUCCCUGCAAGCCGGGCGUCAUCGGGCGCCAGUGUGACCGCUGUGACAACCCAUUUGCUGAAGUUACCACCAACGGCUGUGAAGUGAACUACGACAGCUGCCCGAGAGCCAUCGAGGCGGGAAUCUGGUGGCCCCGAACCCGCUUUGGGCUGCCCGCUGCCGCCCCCUGCCCCAAAGGCUCCUUUGGGACCGCCGUGCGCCACUGUGACGAGCACAGGGGCUGGCUGCCCCCCAACCUCUUCAAUUGCACUUCCAUCACCUUCUCAGAACUAAAGGGUCUGGCGGAGCGGCUGCAGAGGAACGAGUCGGGCCUGGACUCAGGGCGCUCCCAGCGGCUGGCCCUGCUCCUGCGCAACGCCACACAGCACACAGCUGGCUACUUCGGCAGCGACGUCAAGGUGGCCUACCAGCUGGCCACACGGCUGCUGGCCCAUGAGAGCGCGCAGCGGGGCUUCGGGCUGUCUGCCACGCAGGACGUGCACUUCACUGAGAAUCUGCUGCGGGUGGGCAGCGCACUCCUGGACGCAGCCAACAGACGGCACUGGGAGCUGAUCCAGCAGACGGAGGGCGGCACCGCCUGGCUGUUGCAGCACUAUGAGGCCUACGCCAGCGCCCUGGCCCAGAACAUGCGCCGCACCUACCUGAGCCCCUUCACCAUCGUCACCCCCAACAUCGUCAUCUCCGUGGUGCGCCUGGACAAGGGCAACUUCGCGGGCGCCAAGCUGCCGCGCUACGAGGCGCUGCGGGGCGAGCGGCCCCCCGACCUGGAGACCGCCGUCAUUCUGCCCGAGUCCGUCUUCAGAGAAACGCCGCUGGUGCUCAGGCCCGCGGGCCCCGGCGAGGCUCCAGAGGCAGAGGAGCUGGCGCGGCGGCAGCGGCGGCACCCGGAGCUGAGUCAGGGCGAGGCCGUGGCCAGCGUCCUCAUCUACCGCACGCUGGCCGGCCUGCUGCCCCACAACUAUGACCCUGACAAGCGGAGCCUGAGGGUCCCCAAGCGGCCCGUUAUCAACACGCCCGUGGUGAGCAUCAGCGUCCAUGACGACGAGGAGCUGCUACCCCGCGCCCUGGACAAGCCCGUGACCGUGCAGUUCCGGCUGCUGGAGACUGAGGAGCGCACCAAGCCCAUCUGUGUCUUCUGGAACCAUUCCAUCCUGGUGAGCGGCACCGGAGGCUGGUCGGCCCGAGGCUGUGAGGUUGUCUUCCGAAAUGAGAGCCACGUCAGCUGCCAGUGCAACCACAUGACAAGCUUUGCCGUACUCAUGGACGUGUCCCGGCGGGAGAAUGGGGAGAUCCUGCCGCUGAAGACGCUGACUUACGUGGCCCUCGGAGUCACCUUGGCAGCCUUGCUGCUCACCUUCCUUUUCCUCUCCGUGCUGAGGGCCCUGCGCUCCAACCAGCACGGCAUCCGCCGCAACCUGACAGCUGCGCUGGGCCUGGCGCAGCUGGUCUUCCUCCUCGGCAUCAACCAGGCCGACCUCCCUUUUGCCUGCACAGUCAUCGCCAUCCUGCUGCACUUCCUGUACCUGUGCUCCUUCUCGUGGGCGCUGCUGGAGGCCCUGCACCUAUACCGUGCCCUCACCGAGGUGCGGGACGUCAACUCGGGCCCCAUGCGCUUCUACUACAUGCUGGGCUGGGGUGUGCCCGCCUUCAUCACAGGUCUCGCUGUGGGCCUGGACCCCGAGGGCUACGGGAACCCUGACUUCUGCUGGCUGUCCAUCUACGAUACACUCAUCUGGAGUUUCGCCGGGCCUGUGGCCUUUGCUGUCUCGAUGAGUGUCUUCCUAUACAUCCUGGCGGCCCGAGCAUCCUGCGCGGCUCAGCGGCAGGGCUUCGAGAAGAAAGGUCCCGUCUCGGGCCUGCGGCCCUCCUUCGCGGUCCUGCUGCUGCUAGGUGCCGCCUGGCUGCUGGCGCUGCUCUCCGUCAACAGCGACACCCUCCUCUUCCACUACCUCUUUGCCGCCUGCAACUGCGUCCAGGGCCCCUUCAUCUUCCUCUCCUACGUGGUGCUCAGCAAGGAGGUCCGGAAGGCGCUCAAGUUUGCCUGCAGCCGCAAGCCCAGCCCCGACCCUGCCCUCACCACCAAAUCCACACUGACCUCGUCCUACAACUGCCCCAGUCCCUACGCCGACGGGCGGCUGUACCAGCCCUAUGGGGACUCGGCCGGUUCCUUGCACAGUGCCAGCCGCUCCGGCAAGAGCCAGCCCAGCUACAUCCCCUUCUUGCUGAGGGAGGAGUCCACGCUGACCCCCGGCCAGGGGCCCCCCAGCCUUGUGGACCCGGGAGGCCUGUUUCUGGAGGGGCAGGAGCAGCAGCACGACCCUGACACCGACUCCGACAGUGACCUGUCCCUGGAUGAUGACCAGAGCGGGUCGUACGCCUCCACGCAUUCGUCGGACAGCGAGGAGGAGGAGGAGGAGGGGGCCGCCUUCCCUGGGGACCCGGGCUGGGAUAGCCUACUGGGGCCUGGUGCUGAGCGGCUGCCCCUGCCCCGUCCUGCCAAGGGUGCGCCCCAGCGAGAAGGUGGGGUGGCCGGGGCUACCUGCCGCCUGCCCAUGCCUCAUCUCUUCCUUGCUCCCCUAGAGGGGGGCCCUGGCUCUGCCAAGGUCCCCUGGCCAGGAGACUUUGGGGCGGCAGUGAAGGAAAGUGGAGGCAUCGGGGUCCCCGAGGAGCGGCUGCGGGAGAAUGGGGACGUGCUCCCUCGGGAGGGCCCCCUGGGGCCCCUGCCUGGCCCUGCGGCGCAGCCUCACAAAGGCAUCCUCAAGAAGAAGUGUCUGCCCGGGGCCGUUGGGGAGAAGAGCAGCCUCCUGCGGCUGCCCCUGGAGCAGGCCACGGCGUCCUCCCGGGGCUCCUCAGCCAGUGAGGGCAGCCGCGCGCCCCCACCCCGGCCCCCGCCCCGCCAGAGCCUCCAGGAGCAGCUGAAUGGGGUCAUGCCCAUCGCCAUGAGCAUCAAGGCGGGCACCGUGGACGAGGACUCUUCCGGCUCUGAAUUUCUCUUCUUUAACUUCCUGCAUUAACCCUGGGCCGCGGUCUCUCCACCCCGGCGCCGCGCCCCCCGCUGCACUCACGCCCGCUCCUGUCUUGUGCUUUAUCCCGCCCCUGCUCUCACCGCUGCCCGCCGCCUACACAGCGCUGAAACGUCCAUCUGAGGAGCCCGGGCCUUGCCGGGAGGGGGUAUCCUCCCCCCAGCCCCGGCCGUCUAGUGCCAACUCCCCCCACCCACCAUCCCCUCACUGCACUUUGGACCCCUGGGGCCAACAUCUCCAAGACAAAGUUUUUCAGAAAAGAGGAAAAAGAAAAGAUUUAAAAAAAAAAAAAAAAAAAGGAUCUCUACUCGUCAUGACUUCAGGGAUUGAGUUUUUUUAUACGCUGGAAACUGACGCCCCUUUCCCUCCCCAAAGACGAUAGGACCUUCCUGGAUGCUUUCCAGCCUCUCCUCAGUUUCCCAUCAGCUGUGCCUCUGGGAGGAGAGGGGUCCCGGGGGGCCCUGCCCCCCCACCCCUCUGAUGCCAUCACCAAAAGCAAAGGACGAAGCCACGUGCGCCCAGGGCAGGGUGCCCUGCAGGCCACCCCCUGGGCAGGGACUUGUGCCCCAUGCCACGCCCCCAGCCUCCCAGGAACUGGAAAAGCCCGUCCUCCAGGGGGGCCAGAAGGACUCAGCACCCCGGGAUCCCCAAAUGCUGCAUGAACACAUUGUGAGGGGGAAGCCCCACCCCGGGAGCCACCCGCCCUGUCCUAUCCCUGGACUCUGGGUGCACUGCUGCCCAGGCAUUUGCUCAGUUCGCUGACCCCAAAGUGCUUCAUGGGGCCGCCGGGAAGGCCCCGCAUGUGUUCUGUUGCGCUUCUUUGCAGGGGGGGUGGAGGGGAUGGGGAGGAAGGGGAAAGUGGUCUCAAGCACAGGGUUCAGGUCUGGGUUCCGGUGUGCAUGCACCUCUCGCCCCGCCCGCCCCAAGAGCAGACUGACCCCCGUUUUGUCUGACCCGCCAUGGCCUCUGAGACAUGUUCUAUUUUUAACCCCUUCUUGGAAUUGGCUCUCUUCUUCAAAGGAUCAGUCCUGCUCCUCUUUGUCCACACCACCUCCCCUCCCUGCCCCCUGCGAAGAGAGAGUUAAUAUAUAUAUAUAUUUUUAUUUAUUUGCUUUUUUUUGUUGGGAGGAGUUCCUGUCAGGGUCCCAGAGGCCCAAUGUGGCUGUGGCAGGCCUGGUGUGUCCUCAGCAUCCUGGCGCAGGGGUCCCCAGGCCCUGCCCUUAAGCUCCAGGCUGUCAUCGCCUACCUGUCUGUCCCCACCACACAUACCCCCGUUUUUUGCCAAUGCUCCUCACAGGAGCCCCCCACUGACACUGAGCAUGUAUCCCAAACUUACCACCUGCCCUCUGAAGCCAGUGGCUAGAAAUCAGAGGCUCUGGGCAGAAAAGCCCACGUCAUCUCUUGGCUCCCCUGCGUGGACCCUCCCCUUACCCUCGCCCCUCAGCAAUUCCUGCAAAGGGUUAAAAAUUUAACUGGUUUUUACUACUGAUGACUUAAGAAAUACAAAGAUGCUGGAUGCUAACUUGAUACUAACCAUCAGAUUGUACAAUUUGUUACUGUAAAUAAGGUAGAGUUCUGUGUGGUGUUCUGUUCUCAUUUCCUCCUACUACCGAAUAAACUAGUUCUGUGCA